AUAUUUUUCAUAUAGACAUGUGGUUUAACUGAUCUGUGCAGCUUCAACGUGAUGCUGUAUUUCAAGCCUGAGUAAUGUGAUUCAGCUCUACAGCAUGGAAGAAGGGAGGAAAACGAUGUUCUCCCGCAACCGCUGCAAUGGACAGGAUGGCACAGGUGUCCCUCAAUAUCCCCGACCCAAAAAGAAAACUUCAGCGCCAAAGAGAAGGCAGCCUAAUCCCAAAGUUGCUCUGGUGUUGCGCGGGAAAAUUCAUCGUUUCUUGCAGGGAUCUGCAGAUCAUUCUGUCCAGCCUUCAGGUCUUUACUGUGCUGGAAUUGAAGAAGAGGAUGAAGAGGGGGAAGAGGAUGUUGAAAAGCUGCAGAGCUACUACAGGAGAGGAUUAGCUUCAGCAGAGGUCUGCUGCUCACCUCAGGUGCCAAAUGGACAUGGGCUGGGAGUGGUUUCUGGGGCAGCUUGUGUUGGGGAAGUGGAGCUAAAUCGAGAAGGAGGCAUCAGAAUUCCUUGCACUUUGCAGCACAACAGUAAUUCUACAGUAGCUCAAAACCAAAUGACCCAAGAUGUAAAUGGGACUACGCUUUUGUCUGGUAGAGGACUUGAUGGUGAGCCUGAAAGACAGACGGAGACUUUGCUGUGCAGGUUAAAUAUGGCGAUGCUGGAUGAAGUUGUGGAGGGGAAUAAUGAAGACUAUAAAGAGGAAGAAUCAAGUGCUAUCGUUGAGCACAUUCUGAAGGAAUUGAGAGGGAUCAAUAAAAUUCAAGAGGAGAUUUCAGACUUGAGGGAGUACCUGUCAUCUGUUCAUGGCUCUGUCGAGGAGGUCUCUAGCUGUGUAGAUGCUGUCCUAAUGGAGAUCGAAUGCAUGCGUUCUGGAAACAAAUCUGGUGUCAAUACUUGGCCAGGAGCAAUGAGUGGCACUGAGGGUCACUCCCUCCAUACACACAAAUCAGAUAACACUGUUAGUAUAGGCUGCUACACUGUUGAAUCCUCAAAUAGCUGUGGUGAUAUACUCUCAGAAUAUCAAGUCGUAGAUAGGAAGCACAAAGAGGCACCAAGGCAGUCAGCUUUCACUAGUGUUGAGACUUCAAACCACAAUGAACAUCAUCCUUUUAUACAAGAAGCAUCUAAUCAAAGGUCUGAUGUAUCUCAAGGUGCAAGGAGAAGGAAGCUUAGCUUCGGUUACCUUGAGCGCCAGGAUGGACAGGACUGUCCGAGCACCAGUUCUCUGUCUUCGGGUCAGAGUUCCAAGUCUGAAUCUGAUCCAGAAAAACCCAACUUUGGACAUGGCAAAGCAGGGGGUGAAAGUCAGACCUGGAACCCAGUGGCUUUAAAACAUAGUGGGAGCGGAGAUAUCUGUUGGAGUGAAGAUGAUUCUUGCUCCAGACAAGGCAGUUUUGAAGAGGCAGAGUGCUGCAUGGGUGAAGUGGGCAGCUGGGACCCAUCAAGAGCUGUAAGUACUUGUAAGAUGGGCACCUCGGAUCAAAUUUCCAUAGUAUCUGGUAAACACUACAACUCUCCUGUUAGCAAUAGAGGAGAUUGGAAGCUGUAUGAUGCAGAAAUGCUGCCUGAAGAACCUGGUUUGGGCUGCCACAAUUGCAAUGCACAUGCUAAAUGUCCUCAGAGCUCUGUUGAUCAGAAUUGUGCGUCGUCUUGUGAAAAUUGUGUAGUUCCAUUUAAAAGCAAGUCAACAGAAAGUGUGAUUGUUGAGCCAUCCAGAAACCUUCUAUAUGAAGGUACAUCACUCUGUAAUCAAAAUGUCCCUGACUGGAAGCCAGGCUCUGCUGAUGACAGUAAUGUGACGUUUAAUGUGAAAAAGUUUGGUAGAGCAGUUCUUGAUUUCAAAACUGCCUUGCGAGGAGCUCUGAAGAAGAUGGAUGGAGCUAGUGCUACUACGCCUGGUGAAAGGGUCGAUACACAGAUCUCCCCACGUGAGGAACCACAAGGAAUGGUAAAUACUGAGACCCCAAAUUUAGACAUGCCUCAAACAGAGAUGGAGACUACACAAAUAGAAACAAAUUAUUCUGAGCAGCCUCAAGCCAUCGUUACAGAAAAAGGUUUCAUAGAGAUACCUCAAUGCAUCUCCACCAAAGCAAAACCUGAAUUGCCUGAACAUUCAGAACAUCCAAGUUCUCCAGGGUUGGACUCAUCCACCAGUAAUGCAUCAGAUGCUACAUCUGGACAUCCAACCAAUGCUCAGUUACCACAGUGUUUCUCUACAGACAUUAUCCCAGACUCUUUUUCUCCUGAGAAUCUAGCAGUAGAAGAGGAGCAAAGAACACUGGCAGGGGAAACGCAGCCUCCCACUGAGUCCUCUACAGAAGGAAGUAGUGAAGCAGAGCUUAGUCAGCGGGAUGCACGUCGUCUGAAGUGCCUCAGAAGUUUCCAGCAGAUCCUAAGGGAGAAGAGAGAGUCCAGAAGACAACUCAGUAUAGGGACCAUGUCAACAUUUUCUGAAGAUGAUUUGAACCCAGAUGGAAGCCAGGAUGAAGAUCAGAAUAUCAAUGGAGACUAUAACAAACAUCCGUGGGCCAAAGCUGGGGGAGGAGGAAUAUUUGGCAUUGAUAGCAUGCCUGACCUUAGGAAGAAGAAGCCUAUCCCCUUGGUUAGCGAUGUGGCCAUGUCUCUUGUGCAGUCCAGGAAAGCAGGGAUCUCUCAUGCAUUAGCUGCACGCUCUUCACUGAAGGACGAAGAACUGAAGAAUCACGUGUACAAGAAGACCCUCCAGGCUCUGAUUUACCCUAUUUCUUGCACGACACCCCAUAACUUUGAAGUGUGGACGGCCACCACGCCUACCUACUGCUACGAGUGUGAGGGUUUGUUGUGGGGCAUCGCACGGCAGGGCAUGCGCUGCUCAGAGUGUGGAGUCAAAUGCCACGAAAAAUGCCAGGAGCUUUUCAACGCAGACUGUUUACAGAGAGCUGCUGAGAAGAGCUCCAAAACCGGAGCAGAGGACAGAACCCAGCACAUCAUAUCAGCCAUGAAGGACCGCAUGAAGAUCCGAGAGAGGAACAGGCCUGAAAUCUUUGAAAUGAUAAGGCUUGUGUUCAAUAUGACUAAACUGAACCAUGCUCAACAGAUGAAGGCCAUCAAACAGACUGUGCUUGACGGAACAUCAAAGUGGUCUGCCAAAAUCUCCAUCACGGUGGUGAGCGCUCAGGGCCUGCAGGCUAAAGACAGAACUGGUUCCAGUGAUCCGUAUGUGACCGUUCAAGUUGGCAAGACUAAGAAGAGAACCAAAACCAUCUACGGUAACCUUAACCCUGUGUGGGAGGAGACGUUCAAUUUUGAGUGUCACAAUUCAUCUGACCGCAUUAAACUGCGUGUGUGGGAUGAAGAUGACGAUAUAAAGUCUCGUGUGAAGCAGCGUCUGAAGAGAGAAUCUGAUGACUUUUUGGGUCAGAGCAUAAUUGAGGUCCGAACCCUCAGCGGAGAAAUGGAUGUCUGGUACAACCUCGAAAAACGCACAGACAAGUCAGCGGUAUCAGGGGCCAUCAGACUGCAGAUAAGUGUGGAAAUUAAAGGGGAAGAGAAAGUGGCCCCUUAUCAUGUUCAGUACACAUGUUUGCACGAGAAUAUUUUUCACUUUGUGACAGACGUUGAAGGACAAGGUGUGGUGAAGUUGCCCACGGCACGAGGAGAUGAUGCCUGGAAGGUCUACUUUGAUGAGCUUGCUCAGGAUAUUGUAGACGAAUUUGCCAUGCGCUACGGAAUAGAAUCCAUCUAUCAGGCCAUGACGCAUUUUGCAUGUCUUUCCUAUAAAUACAUGCUGUCUGGUAUUCCUGCGGUAAUGAGCACACUCCUGGCCAACAUCAACGCAUUCUACGCUCAUCCCACCUCAGUCACCAACGUCUCCGCCUGUGACCGCUUCACUGCCUCCAACUUUGGGAAAGAUCGCUUUGUUAGACUGCUGGAUCAGCUCCAUAACUCUCUCCGAAUUGACCUGUCAACAUACAGAAAUAAUUUUCCAGCCAGCAGUAAACCACGUCUAGCAGAUCUCAAAUCCACUGUGGAUUUGCUGACCAGCAUUACAUUCUUCAGACUGAAGGUUCUGGAGCUGCAGUCUCCCCCGCGUGCCGCCCAUGUGGUCAGGGACUGUGUGAAAGCAUGCCUCAACUCCACAUAUGAGUACAUCUUUAACAACUGCCAGGAGCUGUACAACAGACAGUUCCAGCCGGCCGUGGAGCCUAAACCACAAGAAAAGAAAGAGGGAGAAGAGGGUGAAGAAGAGGAAGAAAAGAAGGAUGAGAAGGAGGAGGAGAAUGCUGCUGUAGAGGAACCAGGACCAAGCAUACAGAAUUUGGACUUUUGGCCCAAACUCAUCACCUUAAUAGUUUCCAUCAUAGAGGAGGACAGGAACUCCUACAGCUCGAUCAUAAAUCAGUUUCCUCAAGAGCUGAAUGUGGGGAAUGUCAGUGCUGAGGUCAUGUGGACACUUUUUGCUCAGGACAUGAAGUAUGCACUGGAAGUUCUUUAUCAUAUCGUCUACAAACAUGGGAAGCAUGCACCUGCCACAUUCCAUAUUCGCAGACUUGAUUUUUAUGCUGAGCAUGAGAAGCUGAGGUUGUGUAAAAGUGCGGACUACAUGAAUCUGCAUUUCAAAGUCAAAUGGCUCUACAACGAAUACGUCCAUGACCUGCCCGCCUUCUCCAACACCGUCCCAGAGUACCCAUCGUGGUUUCUGCCAUUUGUUCUCCAGUGGCUGGCUGAGAAUGAGGAAGUGUCGAUGGAGUUUAUGCAUGGAGCCCUUGAGAGGGAUAAAAGAGAGGGGUUCCAGCAGACAUCUGAGCAUGCUCUGUUCUCCUGUUCGGUCGUGGACAUCUUCACUCAGCUCAACCAAAGCUUUGAAAUCAUUAAGAAACUAGACUGUCCUGAUCCUGCGGUGGUUGCCCAGUACAAUCGACGAUUUGCCAAGACUAUCACCAAAGUGCUUCUGCAGUAUUGUGCUAUUCUAACCAAGAGUUUCCCCUCGUACUGUGAGAAAGAAAAGACGCCCUGUGUGUUGAUGAACAACGUUCAACAGAUGCGUGUGAUGUUGGAGAAGAUGUUCGAGUCUAUGGGAGCCAAACAGUAUACUGUUGAGGAAGAGCGGCUGGAGAAUGAGGAGGAGCCUGAGGACGAUGAGGAGGAGGCCAUCACUGAUGAUGAAGGCAAUGAGUCGGAUGAAUCAGAUGCUAAGUCUGGCAUUUCGGAUUCAGAAGGAUCAGAGCUUGUCAGGCAGAAGUCUGUUGCUAAGAAAGAAAAGGGGGAAAAGAAGGACAAAGAGAAGGAGGAUGAGAACACGACCACAGAGGUGGGUGAUGGAGCUGAGCCCAAAGAUGAGGGAAAAGAGAAAGAGGCAACAGUCAACACAAAAAAGCUCGACUCGGAGGCUGCAGAUAUCCUCAAUGACCUGCAAGGGAAGCUUAAUUCUGUUCUGGAAAACCUGAGUGGCAUGUUUGCCAAGAGUUUCCAGGCCCGUGUGAAUGCAUGCGUGCGGCAGAUGGCGGAGAUCCUGUAUCAGAUUAAAGGACCUCUGAAUCAGAACACACGUAACACAGCGGAGGCUGAUGCAGACAACGCUCUGCGGCCGCUUAUGGAGUUCCUCGACACAAACCUCAGCAUCUUUGCGGACAUCUGUGACAAGACUGUGUUGAAGCGUGUGCUAAAGGACCUCUGGAGGACGGUUCUGAUCUGCAUGGAGAAAACGAUUGUGCUACCUCAGAGCAGCGACAGUAUAGGAGCUCAGCUUCUUACUGCUGCUAAGGAACUGUCCAAACUAAAGGGAGGGGUGGAGCCAAAGAGCUUGUCACCGAGGCAGUGUGUGAUCCUGGAGGCAGCGCUGGAUUCAAUCAAGCUCUUCUUCCAUGCUGGUGGAAACGGUUUAAAGAAAGUGUACUUGGAGAAGAGCCCUGAGCUGUCGUCGCUGCGUUAUGCUCUCUCCCUAUAUACACAGACCACAGAUGCUCUUAUCAAGGCGUUUGUGACAACACAACAUGCUCAGGUUCAAAAUGGUAUGGGCAUCAGGAUCACCCCCAAGGAGAGUGUUCGACCCGACAGAGGCUCUGGGGUUGAGCGGCCGAUUGGGGAAGCAGUGAUUCAGCUGGAUUUGUCGCCUCCAGCUGGAAACACUGAGCAGAAACUCAGCGUCCGAGUGAUCGCAGUAAACGACAUGAAAUGGCAGACCUCAGGGAUGUUUCGUCCAUUUGUGGAUGUUAACCUGGUCGGCCCACAUCUUACAGAGAAGAAACGAAAAUUCACAACCAAAUCGAAAAACAACAGCUGGACUGCGAAGUACAACGAGGCCUUUCAGUUUGUGUUGGGUAAAGGCGUGAGUCUGGACUGCUAUGAGAUUCAGAUUACGGUGAAGGACUAUUGUUUCGGUCGUGCGGAUCGAGUGGUUGGGAUCGCAGUACUGCAGCUGAGAGACGUAGCAGACCGGAAAAGCUGCGUGUGCUGGUGCCCCUUGGGUCCACGCAUCAACACUGAUGAAACCGGGACCACCGCACUACGAAUCCUCUCGCAGCGCUCGACUGAUGAGGUUGCCAAAGAGUUUGUCAAACUAAAGUCUGAGACCAGACCUGCUGAAGAGGGGAGGUGAAGAUGAAACUCAAGACUGACCUCAUCAGUUUGUCAUUAAAGCAGACUGAUUUAAACAGAAGAGACUUCAGACAAGCGUUCACAGACCAAUCACACAAGGACCUACACUGUUUAUAAAAUUGCGUAUGUUUAUUCAAAGCCUUAAGAGACACUUAACUGUCUGACUGGCUUUGCAUCACUCUACAUUAUGGCCAAUAACUCUCAAAAUGAGUGAUAGCAUUGAGAAAAGCGUUCUUACCGUCAUGGAAAAUCUGGAAAUGUCAGGGAAAUUUCACAUGUUGUUUUCCAGGCAUGGAAAGUCAUGGAAAUGUAAAAUUAAAAAUUAAAAAAAAAGUGCUGAGAUAUUUAAUCAGAAAUCUAGAAACUAUGAAGAAGUAAAACAAUUCAUGGAAAUAUUAAAAAAUCUUAAAAAUUUUGUUGGCUAGAAAUUGGUAUUUGGGAGAGCAGUCUGCAUUUUUGUUUUAUGAAAAUGAUCUAAUCUAAUGACUGGAAAAGUUGUGCAAAUUAAAAAAACUAAACAAAUCUGAAGUCAGCACUAAAAUAUUUUGUUGGCUAGAAAUUUAUUUGCGAUUUGCAUAUUUUUUUAACAAACAUUAUAUAGGUAUUCAAAUGACUGGGGAAGUCAUGAAAAUAAUAAUAAAAAAAGUCUAACCUAAAAUGAUUUGUUGGCUAGAUAUUGGUAUUUGUAAGUGCAAUCUCUGAAUUCUUUGCAACAAUGUUUACAAUAUUAGCUAGUUUAUCCAACCGCUUGAACAGUCAUUGAAAUGUAUUGGUUGAAAUGUGUGGGAGCCCUCUGAGAAGAGAAAAGCAGAACACUAUACAUUUUACUGAGCACUUCACCGUUAUUUAAAGCACAUUGUAAUGAAAGGUAUUAAUGACAUUAUAAAAAAAAAAAAGUGAGAAGAUACAAGAGUUUUGCCAAACAUGAGUCUAAGGGCUCAUUCAACAUGUUCUUUGUGGCCUUCUGAAUGGGAGGAGUCUUCUAGCAGGGGGAGUGGUCUAACAAGAUUAAUUUGCAUUGGCUGCCUAUUCUUUGAUUGACAGGCAGGCCCAGAUAUGCACAUUUAGACAUAUUUUUCUCUAUUGGUCUUGUCCUUUACUGUGUUCUUGAAAUCUUAUCUGUGGUACCUUUAAUACAUUCAUCACCUUUGUCUACCUUUAAAGACAUUUCUAAUAGUCUGACUGCUCCAAAGAUCAUGACAAGCCCCCCAAGUCUCAAAACUGAUAAAUAAAGACAAAUAUAGACCAACCAGUAGUGCCAGGAAAUAAGAAGGGAUGUACUGUAUGAAACUUUGUUUACCUUGUGCCAAGUAGUUUGUAUGCUCUCUUUUUUGAGGUGUAAUGGAGUCAUGGUUUGUUUUGUCUGUAAUAUAUGCACAACUGUUAACACAGUCUGUGAAGUAGACUACUACACGUGCAUGUAUUUACUGUAGAUUCCAGCUUUUGGUCAUAUGUUUAUUUAUGUUUUGUCAAUAUGUGGAAAGCUAUUUAUGUAUUUCAAGCUAUGGAAG